UGACCGUGUCUCUGACUCUCUCACUGGACAAACUCAUCCGUUCCUUCAUCUGUCUAUUCGACUCUCUCUCUCUUUCUCUCUGCUGAGAAUCUGAAGCUCUCUCAACCUCAGUUGGGCUUUGGACACAAACUGGUGACUAGACAGCAGCCGAAACUACUGGAAGAGUCUUUACAGCCACAUCAGGAGCAGACUUCUGCCGCCACCGGCUGCUGAGGAUCAGUGGAAGGGGAAAAGGUGCCUUGCUCAACGGGACUUCAACAGCAGCUGCUGAGGAAGACGAGAGCGCCGACUUUGCAGCGACUGUCUUAUACAUUAGCUCGGCAGCUCCCUGCCUCUGCAUCCUAGAACAGGUGAGUCUGGCGUCUGUGUUCUGCUGAGAGAUCAUCGGUUGGGAAGUAAAACAAAUCUGUGCUGAUCUAUAAUCGGUCAUGGCCGACUGGAGCCUACUGGGAAACUUCCUGGAGGAAGUACAGGAGCAUUCUACCUCUGUUGGCAAGGUGUGGCUGACCAUCCUGUUUAUCUUCCGCAUCCUGGUACUGGGGACGGCCGCUGAGUCGUCUUGGGGAGAUGAACAGGAGGAUUUCAACUGCGACACUGAACAGCCCGGCUGCGAGAACGUCUGUUACGACCGAGCGUUCCCUAUUGCGCACAUACGAUACUGGGUGCUCCAGAUCGUGUUUGUGUCCACUCCCAGUCUCAUCUACAUGGGCCACGCUAUGCACACUGUCCGCAGAGAGGAGAAGAGGAGGAGCAGGGCGGAGGAGGAGGAAGAUGAAAGUGAUGGAGACGAAGACCCGGGAGGAGGUGAAGGAGGAGGAGGAGGAGGAGGAGAGAAACAGAGGGGUCGAGUAGAGAAGGAAGAAGAGGAGGACAAAAGAGACGGUCCAUUGGCGGGUCGAGUUCGUCUGAGGGGAGCGCUGCUACAGACGUACAUACUGAGUAUACUGAUACGAAGCGUCAUGGAGGUGGUGUUUCUGUGUCUCCAGUACUUCCUGUAUGGAAUCUUUCUCAAUCCCCUGUAUGUCUGCAAGGCGUGGCCGUGUCCACACCCCGUGAACUGUUACGUGUCCAGACCGACAGAGAAGAACGUCUUCAUCGUGUUCAUGCUGGCUGUGUCGGCCGUCUCUCUGGUCCUCAGCGUGCUGGAGCUGCAUCACCUGGCGUGGAGACACUGCUGCAGGCGGUUGCGCUUCACGAGGAAGGCCAUCACUCCAGCUAAAACCUCUCUGGCCCAGCAGCUCUCUCUGUCUCCUCCACCGCCGUCCACCCCUCUUCCAGACUUCACCCAGUGUAUGAUUGGCUCCUCUCACUUCCUGCCGCUGCCCUUCCCAACACACCGCCUGGCUAACCAACAAAACUCGGAGAACAUGGCCACGGAGAAGAACAAAAUCGCUGCCGCGGUGGAGGAGGUGAACAUGCUCCAGAUGAGCUGCUACUCUCCCGGGUGGCAGCCGGCGAGUAAAACUCAGAGCCAAGAUGGAGGAUACCUGAGGGCCGACACUGACUGCUACAGCCCCGGGAGCAGGGACAUGAGCUGCCCUCGCAGAUUCAGUAAAACCAGCGGAACAAGCAGCCGGACGAGAGCGGACGACCUCUCGGUUUAGAAAACAGAAACAGACAAAUUCAACUUCUCAUAAACCAACAGAUAUAUUUGAAACCUGCUACCACGCUCGCCAUACACUAGCUUCUCAUACAGAACAGCUGGAAGAGUCAGAACCUUCCUGUUUACCGUGAACAUUAAGUCUGUGUGUUUCUGCUUUGUCGCUCAGAUGAGUGAGACUUCACUCUGAGACUAUCGGACCUCGUGCUGCGAUUCAAGUCCGAAACAAACCUGAAAACUAACAGAAAUCUGCAGACGUUUAACAAAAGACACGUAAAGAUUGUUUCUAACGAUGUGCACAGACAGACAACGUGGACAAUCUGACGAGAACAUCAACUGGGUGAGAUCCUGGAUGGACAGGAUUCCUCCUUCUUUACUCAAAUGUCGUCAUUGGGAAACACACAAGUGACGUCUCUGUCGUAAUCUUCACGAGCGCGAGCGACUGAAUCUGAAGACUCAUGUUUUAAAUAUGUAUAUCACACACACACACACAUGACUUGACCUUUAAAAAUACUCCAGGAAGAAAGUUUCCUGAGAAGAAUCAUAUGAUUUACGACAAAGGCUUCUUGACAGAGCGCUUCAUAUUAUGAGGCUCCUAAAGUCACGACAGGAGAUUUUUCUUUAGCUUGUGAACAAGUUAUGUUAAAAAAGAUAUGAUGAAGAUAAGAUAAUUCUGCAUUUAAAGAUAUUAAAGAUAUCUUAAUGAUCUUGAAUUUGAGUUAUUACUCAUCACAGUUCAAGUGAAACCUAUUAAAUGUUAAAGGAUUUUCCAGAGUCAUUGCUGAUGUUGUAAAUCAAACAGUUAUUUCUCGGCUGUUUGGUUAAAUCUGAUUGAUUUACUUUUCACCUUCACAGAAGAGAUUUAUCAUCAUUUCCACAAGGUUUAACUGUAGUAUUAUCAUUUUUCAGUGGAUAUGAAUCAUCGAACAAUAACUUUCAUUCAGUUUUAAAGAGAUGUUUGACUUCCUCUUGUGUGCUACGACGUUUUGUGACAGUUGUGAUGAUGACAGUGAAUUUCUACUUGACUGUACUAUUUCUCAUAAGGUCCCUGGACAUCACUGAAGAACAGGAAACUACAAUCUACAGUCUGAAAUGAGGGUUUUCAUAUUGCAAUAUUUACAAAUCUGAUGUUUAUUACUAUGAAUCCUGACUUCAAAUCGUUUUAAUUUCCUAUAUUGUGGUUUUAUAUUUAUUAUUCAACUCAAAUAAUGAGAAUGUGUUUAUGUAUAAAAAAGCU